AUGGCGUUUCGCGCGAGACCGGUGGCUUUGUUUCGUCGGCGGAUCGGGUCGAGCUGGUUAAUAGGCAGGACCCGUGGACUGGCCACGGUUUCUGAAGGGACACAAUCCUACGAUGUCGUCGUGAUCGGAGGUGGCCAUGCUGGAUCGGAGGCAUGUGCUGCUGCGGCCCGUUCAGGGGCGCGCACUGCUCUGGUGACGCCCUCGCUAUCGAAUAUCGGUGUUUGCUCGUGCAACCCCAGUUUUGGCGGAAUCGGCAAAGGCACCAUGAUCCGCGAAGUGGAUGCGAUGGACGGUGUUGCGGGGCGCAUAAUCGACAAAGCGGGGAUCAUGUUUCGAGUCUUGAACCGGUCUAAAGGUCCUGCUGUGUGGGGGCCCCGCGCGCAGAUCGAUCGUGAUCUGUAUAAGAAGUAUAUGACUGAGGAACUGGUCAAUACGCAGGGACUGAGCAUUGUGGAGGGCAAGGUUGCGGAUAUCGUGGUCUCUAAGGAAGGCGUUGAGAAUACACCUGGUGCUCAGGGCAAAAUUGUCGGUGUUCGCUUGGAGUCCGGCGAGGUUAUUCCUACAGGCCGUGUGGUUAUCACGACGGGAACAUUCCUAGGUGGUGAGAUCCACAUCGGACUCGAGACGUUCCCAUCAGGGCGGAUGGGCGAGGCUCCUACGUAUGGUUUGAGCAAAUCCCUUCGCGAUGCGGGCUUCCAGCUGGGACGGUUGAAGACCGGCACGCCUCCUCGAUUGGAUAUGAAGACGAUCGACUUUAAGCCUCUGGAAGUGCAGAAGGGUGAUUCGCCCCCAAUGCCGUUUUCCUACCUCAACAAGGAAGUCGAAGUCGGCGACGAGGGCCAGCUUAAUUGCUGGAUGACCCAUACCAAUGAGGCCUCGCACGAAAUCAUCCGGGCGAACUUGGACAAGUCGGUGCAUAUCCGGGAAACCGUCCGAGGGCCACGGUAUUGCCCAUCUCUGGAAUCGAAGAUCAUCCGGUUCAAAGACAAGGAGAGACACCAAAUCUGGCUGGAGCCAGAAGGUUUUGCGCCCAACGAAGUGGUCUACCCGAACGGUAUCUCGAUGACUGUUCCCCCAGAUGCACAGUACGCCAUGCUGCGGACUGUCCGUGGUCUCGAGAAUGUGACCAUGCUCCAGCCAGGCUACGGUGUGGAAUACGACUAUAUCGACCCGCGUAACCUCCGGGCCACGCUAGAAACGAAGUUGAUCAGCGGUCUCUAUCUGGCUGGCCAGAUCAACGGUACCACCGGCUAUGAAGAGGCAGCUGGACAGGGUAUCAUUGCAGGCAUGAAUGCCGGUCUGGAAUCGCAAAACUUGGCUCCGAUGACUCUUACUCGGUCUGACGGGUUCAUCGGUAUCAUGAUCGACGAUCUCAUCACCAAGGGUGUCUCCGAGCCAUACCGCAUGUUCACCACCCGAAGCGAGUAUCGCAUCUCCACUCGGUCAGACAACGCCGACCUCCGACUGACACGGAUGGCUCGCGAUGCGGGUGUCGUUAACGACAAUCGCUGGAGCCAUUUCUCCGACACCGAGGCACAGAUCCAAGAAUUGCAGACUCUGCUCGCCAACACCAAGCUUUCCUCAAACGCAUGGUCUCGCAAGGGUUUCAAAGUACGCGUCGACACCUCCGUCCGCUCUGCCCUCGAUAUUCUGUGUCUGGACGGCGCCGAUAUCGACACCCUCAUCCCGCACAUCGACUCCGCCCUUGGAUCUGCAUAUACUCCAGCAUCCUUCGCACCGGAAAUCCGAGCCCGCGUUGCCAUCGAGGGCCGCUACGCUCCGUACCUGAAGCGACAGGAGAAGAUGGCCCAGCGGUUCCAGCAAGACGAGAACCUGCUGUUACCGGCGGAUCUAGACUACAGCAAGAUCUUCGGCAUCAGCAACGAGGAGAAGCAGGCUCUUGAACGUGUGCGGCCUGCCAGUGUAGGCAUGGCCAGGCGAAUCGAGGGCGUGACGCCUACUGGUGCACUUCGACUGCUCAUGCAUGUACGAAAGGGCACCGGGUUCGCGAAGGAGGUGUCUGAGGAUGGUGAUGUGGCUGACGUGCUGCGCUCGUCGCCGUGA